ACCCAGCUCCUCCAACUCUGCGCUUUGCACAGCACUGACCAUGAGAGACCAGGCAGUGUAAGUGAGGGGAUUUUAUUCAGUAAGAGUCCAGCUCCCUGCACAUCAAACUGUGGUGCUAAACUGGAGCUUGGUAUUUCAGGAACAUGGGUUGCAAAAUGAGAUCCAUGCAUUUUGUGCUUUGGUGUCUUUACUUCAUGCUCCUUCACUUGUUUUGCACAGCACAAGAUGAAGACAUGAAAUUAAGUUGUAGGACAGCACCAAGUGAUUUAGUAUUCAUACUCGAUGGAUCAUGGAGUGUGGAUGACAUAAACUUUGAGAUUGUCAAACGUUGGCUGGUAAAUAUUACCAUGAGCUUCGACAUCGGUCAGAAGUUCACCCAGGUUGGGGUGGUGCAAUAUAGCGAUGACCCCUUCUUGCAUAUACCCCUAGGAAAACAUUUUUCAAGCAGUGACCUCAUCAAGGCAAUGGAGUCCAUAGAAUACAUGGGUGGGAACACAAACACAGGGAAGGCCAUAAAGUUUGCCAAUGACAAACUCUUUGCCUUGUCUGAGCGAGGUCCGAAUGGCAUUGCAAAAAUUGCUGUGGUUCUGACGGAUGGGAAGUCACAAGAUGAAGUGCUAGCUGCUGCAGAAGCUGCAAGGAAAAAAGGGAUAAUUCUUUUCGCAAUUGGCAUUGGUUCUGAGAUCGAGGAGGGAGAGCUCAAGGCCAUUGCCAACAAACCAUCCUCAACCUAUGUUUUUUAUGUGGAAGACUAUAAAGCUAUUGUAAAGAUCCGUGAAGUUAUUAGGCAGAAGCUGUGUGAAGAGACUGUAUGCCCAGCAAAGAUUCCAAUCAAUUCUCGAGAUGAGAAAGGAUUUGACAUUCUCCUCCAUCUCAACUUGGCUAAAAAAGCUAAAAAGACACAAGGAUCUUUUGAUGGCAGCAAUGCCUACCAGGUGACAUCCCGAGUUGACCUGAGUGAGAGCACUAGGAUGUUAUUUCCAGGCGGACUUCCACCAUCCUAUGUUUUUGUGGCCACGCUGAAGUACAAAGGCUCUGUGGUUAUGGAGGAUUGGGAUCUAUGGCGGAUACAGACUAAGGAUGAAAAGCCUCAAAUGGCUGUUACUCUGAAUGGUCUAGACAGAACAGUGAUGUUCACCACCACAAGCAACACACCAAGUGGAACUCAAACUGUGGUCUUCACUAAAGCACCUGCUAAGAAACUAUUUGAUGAAAAAUGGCAUCAGCUGCGUCUUCUAAUUACAGAGGAAGACAUCACUCUGUAUGUUGAUGAUUUGGAAAUUGAAACCUUGGCAUUGGAGCCUCCUGAUGGUAUUUUUAUUAAUGGAAAAACACAGGUUGGGAAGUACGUAAGCAAAGAAACAACUGUACCUUUUGAAAUACAAAAACUCAGAAUCUACUGUGACCCUGAGCAGAAUAACAGAGAAACUGCCUGUGAAAUACCUGGAGUUGAUGGAGAGUGUACUUAUGGACCAGGUGACAUUGAUUUAACACCAGAGCCAUGCAUCUGUCCACCUGGGCCACCUGGUGCCCCAGGAAUGAAGGGAGAACAGGGGAAAACAGGAGAUCCUGGUAUACCUGGCCCAGCUGGUGCUGAUGGUAAGCCUGGUGUCCCAGGUUUUAGAGGAAGUCCAGGAAUUCAAGGCACUCCUGGCAUGGAGGGGCCACGUGGAGCUGAUGGACAUAAGGGGGGGAAAGGAAGUCCCGGGGAAGCAGGUGACAGUGGUAUCCCAGGUUUACCCGGGCCACCUGGCAAACCAGGUGAAAAGGGGUCUGCUGGCAAUCAAGGCAUACAAGGACUACCAGGCAAAGAUGGACAAAUGGGUGAAAAAGGGAGUAGAGGCCCCGCUGGUCCACCUGGAUAUCCAGGAGAGCUUGGAGCACCUGGCAGGGAUGGGAAAGAUGGAAUUCCUGGAGGAAUUGGUCUAAAGGGAGAUCCAGGACUGCCUGGAAUUCCUGGAGUAGAUGGAAGAGAGGGACAUCCCGGCAUACCUGGUAUACCUGGAAAUGAUGGUCAAAAUGGAAUGAAGGGUGAAACUGGCUUGCCAGGACCGAAAGGAGCCAAAGGUACACCUGGAGACUCUGGUGAGAUGGGAUUGACUGGAAUGCCUGGUUCAAGUGGACAACCUGGCCCCAAGGGCACUAAAGGGGACAGUGGAAAACCAGGUCAACCAGGACCUCCAGGACUAGAGGGUAAGCCUGGAGAACCUGGGGCAGUUGGCCAGCCAGGACAUCCAGGAAUGUCAGGAUCACCAGGACUGAAGGGUCAAAGAGGAGAUGCUGGUGAAGGAGGAGUAGAUGGGAUGAAAGGUGAAAAAGGAGACUCUGGGCGACCUGGUGUUCAUGGUUUACCUGGGCAAGCUGGGCAGAAAGGAGAGGAAGGGACAGCAGGAGAGCCUGGUCAAAGGGGUCAGGUGGGCCAUCAGGGGCUCCCUGGACAGCACGGACAGACAGGACCUUCAGGUCCCAGAGGACAGAGCGGCGAAAUAGGCCCCCCAGGACCACCUGGACCUGAAGGACGACCUGGCAGAGAGCUGUCUGAGCAACAUAUACAGCAGAUUUGCAGAGAUGUCCUUCGAUCUGAGAUUCCUGCUCUUCUAUUGAGUAGCCAACACAAUCAUCACAGAAGCUGUGAUCGAUGCUACACACAGGUGGGACCCCCAGGGCCUCCAGGGCCACCAGGCCCUCAUGGCUUUCAAGGAUUCCCAGGUUUAUCUGGUUCUAAUGGGCUGCAAGGUCCGCAGGGUUUAUCUGGGCGGCCAGGUGUCCCUGGCAUGAAAGGUGAUCCAGGAGAAAAGGGUGAGAAAGGAAACCAAGGACGGUCACAAAUUGGAGAUCCAGGUCUCCCAGGAACACCAGGUCCAAUUGGUCCACCAGGGGUCGGAAAACCAGGCCACCCAGGUAAGCCGGGCCCACCUGGUCACAACGGCGAGGAGGGAAAGAGUGGGCACCCUGGCGAGCCUGGUCAACCAGGCGUGUGCCAUCCUUCCAUGUGCUACGGUGCAAUGUUGCGAAGAGAUCCUUUCAGUAAAGGGCCAAACUAUUGACAAAGCUUUGGCUGAAGUGCAGACAGUCUGGAUGCGGUGCUGCUCAGUGAAUGAAAGAAAACGAUAACAGCAAAUCUUUCCAAUCUCAGGAUGAUCAUGUUUUUCAAGAGUUUUUCUCACUCAUGGACCCAUGAAGUACCUCUUUAAGUGUAGAUAUUAAGAUGAUGUUGCCUACAUUAAAGGGGUCCUAUUAUGCUCUUUUACAAAGUUAUGAUUUUGUUUUGGGGGUGAGAACUAGAACAUGCUUGGUGGUUUAAGAAAUUCAUUAUUUUUCACAUAAUUUAUACUAUUACAAUAACUUUCUCCCCAGCAUUGGCACAAAUGGCUCGAUCAGUUCCAGGUCUGAUGAAGGCCCGCCUUCCGAAAAACUAAAUGUGUUGUGAUUGUUUAGCUGUCCCAGUGCGUUGUGAUUAGCUUAGACGAUGUUUCAGUACUGCCACACCUCUUGUCAAAGCAGCAAGUUCGGUCUGCUCCGGUAUAAUUAAGAAUGGCGUCAAUAUUGCCAUAUCAAUUUGAGCCAGUUUCAGAGCUUGAGAAUAACCAUCCUUUGCACAUACAGAUAUUUAAAUACAUAUUUGACUGUUAACUAGGGUUGGGCCGACAGACAAUGGCAUCAUACAUCGCCAAUAGCUGAUGGACAUCACGUUGUUGAUGUUUUUGGAAAGAAAAUUAGGUGUAUACGGAACCCGAACCCCAAAAGGGAAUAAAUACGUGAUGGAAGGAAAAUAUAUAUUCCAAUACUUUAUCUUGCAGUUAUAUCAAUGGCUAAUACUGUAGGCCUAUAUAAAUUGCGGGCAUGGAGGAGCCACUAUAAAGUUUGCCAAUGAAACUGCUUUUGAGUGCAUCAUAGCUUUUUAGUUUCACUUUCACUUUUGAGAUUUGCGAUCGCAUGUACUCUGUUUAUUCUAUCAGUACUUACCACACAUUUUACAAGAUUAGAUGUUUUGUCAGUGGUUCUCAGAAUCUACAAAUCUCUCCUAUUUACUCUGUUUCUGUAGUAAUUGAAAUUGUAUGUACUGCAAUGUAACAGGCAACCGUUAGCAAACGUUAUUUGUUUUUGGUGCUUUCUGAAUACAGAUUCACGCUUCAGCACACCCCCCACCUGCUGAAAAAUAACUGCAUUUUCUAUGUUCAGAUAAGUGCAAUGGUAAUAUGCAUAGUUUAUUUCAGAAAUUCAAAAGGGACUGUAAAUAUGCAUUGCUAUCUAUUUUAAUAGUUAUAUAUGAAUUGAUUUACAUAUUACAAAACAUGAAGCACUUCUUCGUCGUCGUCGUCGUCUUGUCUGAUACACUCAACCAAGCGUUCUAACCCUGAACUUGCCUCUAUCUACUCCCAUCCAUUCUAAUUUCCGUAGGUGUUAAUUAUUUUCAUAUUCUAAUGGACCUCUUUGUGAUAUCACAAAACCCGGAAACAACACUGUAGUCCAAAUAAGCCAUUUGUUGUAGUUUUUGACAAGGAUUUUUAAAAAACGAAAUGUCUCCCUUUUUAGUGGACUUUUACAUUUACAAUGUUGUAGAUCUUUUUUUAUGUCCAAACAUACACACUACACACUAAAAUUCAACAAAAUUCACAAAAAGUGAAAAAGCAUAAUAGGACCUCUUUAACACCACCGAUUGUCCCUGAUUCAAUUCAUCACUUGUCUUUCUGUGUCACAAGCUGAGAUGUGCCAUGAUUUAUUCAUGCUGUUUGUCACGAGGCAUGAAACACAUCUGCCCUAAUACUAGUGAAAAGCAUCCAGUGUGAAAAGUUGUACAACACUCGCACUGGAAAUUCUACCUAGACAUCGACUUCCUCACUCUCUUGCUCCCCCAAGUGGCCUGCAUCCAUCACCAGCCAAUCAUCUCACUGUAUUUAUGAUGCUAGAUUUACUGUCUAUUUUGCAUUUGUGUUUAUUUUUGGUCAGAUGUUUCUUUUGCUGCUUGCAAUCUUUUUAAGGGAGGUGUGGGAGUUCUUCUGUAACACUUCAUGUUUUCUUUCCUGACUCUCUCUCAGACAUCCAUGAUAAUUCUUGUCCAUUUAGGUGUUGCUACAAGGGUUCCCAUAUAUUUUGACCAGUGAAUUUACUUUUUUUUUUCUUUUUUCUUUUUUUUAGGCAUUUACGAUUCCAGGAAACAAUUUUGAAAAUCUUAAUAUUUUUAAGUCUAUCCUGUAAUAUUUAGAUAUCAAGGUAUAUUCACUAUAGAAAUUUUUAAGAUUUUAUUCAUUUCCACACCUUUACCAGGUCUGGGGUCACAAUUUAUAAUUCUCUGAUAUUCAAGGUUUUCCAAAUCUUUACUACACCUAAGUUUGCAAAUGUGAGUAUGAUGAAUUCAUAUCCAUAUUAAAUAUAUAUAUAUAUAAAAUGUAAACUGACCAAAUUUAUGAUAUGUAUUUUAUUCCACCAGAUUGUCAUGAAAUACACAAUUCUGAAAGCUCUUUAUCUUUAACCCUUGGUUGAUACGGGGGUAUGUAGGAGAGUGUAAUAAAGCCCACCAUCCCAUAAAUGUUUUUUUUUGUUGUUGUUUAUUUGUUUGUUUUGUUAUUUAUAAGAACUGAUAUCAGUUAUAUAUUCUCCUGUGAGAGCGCUUAUUUUUGCAGUGAUUUGUUUUU